GGAGAGAGAAGGAAGGCUUCUUCAGCUUGUCGGCCUGGAUUCAAUUUCUCACGCUGAAAUGGCGACAAACCCCGCAAGACAGGACAAUGAUCAAGUACCAGCUAGACUGUAAUCUGGAUAUCUGAGCAGCAGACAAGCAUGGCAGACAUCUCCUCGAUCCUUCAUGGCGGCUACCACACUCCGCUCACUCGACAAUGGCAAGCAGAACGGACGCUAACAAAAGAGGCCUUCAUGUACCCAAUCUUCAUCACAGACAACCCAGACGAUGAGGUGGCCAUCUCCUCCCUGCCAAACCAAAAGCGAUGGGGCAUCAACAAGAUUGUCCCCUUCCUCAAACCCCUCGUCCAGAAGGGCCUGCGUAGCGUCAUUGUCUUUGGUGUGCCCUUGUCUCCAGAUGCAAAAGAUGCAUACGGUAGUAAAGCAGAUGACCCAAGUGGACCUGUCAUCCUCGCCAUCAAGCUCCUUCGCAAGACCUUCCCUGAUCUGUUCGUUGCAGCAGAUGUAUGUCUAUGCGAGUACACAUCACACGGCCACUGUGGACAUCUCCGAGAAGAUGGCACACUCGACAAUGCUGCCUCCAUCAAACGAAUCGCAGAAGUCGCCGUCAACUAUGCAAAAGCAGGUGCUCAAUGUGUCGCACCAAGUGAUAUGAUGGACGGUCGUAUCAAGGCCAUCAAGCAAGGUCUAUUGGACGCUGGACUUGCGCAUAAAGUCAUGCUCAUGUCAUAUGCGGCGAAAUACGCAACAUGCCUUUACGGACCCUUCCGGGAGGCUGCUGGAUCUGCACCAGGAACGGGAGAUCGAAAGGCCUAUCAGCUUCCACCUGCAGGACGUGGACUUGGUCGGCGGGCAGUGAUGCGCGAUGUUGCUGAAGGUGCAGAUGUGGUCAUGGUAAAGCCAGCCAAUAUGUAUCUCGACAUUAUUGCAGAGACGCGUCAGAUUGCACCAGAUUUGCCAAUCGCUGCGUAUCAAGUAUCUGGUGAAUUUGCUAUGAUUCAUGCAGGUGCACGAGCAGGUGUGUAUGAUUUGAAGCAAAUGGCGUUCGAGUCGAGUGAGAGCAUCUUGAGGGCUGGUGCACGCAUCAUCUUGAGCUACUUUUCACCUGAAUUUAUGGAUUGGCUGAGCGAGCCUGUGCAAGGCCCGCGCAUAGUGGACGUCAUCGAGAAUGAAGGCCAGCCAGGUAAUAUGCUGCCGUAGACACGCCAGUAAUCUCGUCUUGACCUGCAGGUACUAGGCUGGUAGAAGUCUCUAGCUGGAGCAUGGCAUCACCGCAGUCUGCAGACGCCCAAGGCCCCAAGCUUGGAAUUGUGUUCGAAUGUGCAUCUCGAUAUCAGGAGCAACCACAAGUUCGCGACGCACGGUGCGCACACCCGCAUGUGUCUAUAUGAGGCAUUGACUCCAUUGAGGCAUAUACACUACAGCCAUGUUGGGCAUACUGUUUGCUCUGCUAUUUGUGAGUCUAUGGGCAAGACUCGAGCUCGGAAGUCCCGUUCGGCCCGACUGGCCCCUGAAUAUGAUCAACUUGUCGCAAAAGUGUAAAGCAAUUUCCUUUCAAUGCAGUGUAGUCCACUGUAUG